AUGGCCGCUUUGGCGAUUUCCCAGUGCGUCAGUCACGUGACACGUCCCGCUUCGCCGACAACGUUGCCGUCGAAGCCCGGCGGAAGCCGACAACAGCAGGUACGAACUUGUGUCCGCAACGCGGAAACCCAAGCACUUAUUGACUACACGCGGAGAGAGUGUGCGGGAAAAAGAUAGUGCAGUAUCAGUGGAUUUGGUUCCGAGCGCGUUGAUGUAAAUUCUUAGUCAGCAUAAAAUAACGGGCGGAAACAGAGUAAUCGUACCGUGUGCUCGCUAGCUUCAUAUGUUAUCAGUUCGAUAAAGGUUACAGUCUUUGUUUUCAGUACUUCCGAUCGGCCCUUAUUCUUCGAAAGAGCACCAGAUGGCAAUGGGAGAAAGAACAGACCGGAAUGAGCGAUUCGGAACUGAAAAAGUAAGUUUGAGCCUAGUAUUCCCAUAAUUCGACUAAUUCAUUUCAGAUAUCUCCAGUCAAAAGGAGUCAAUGUACAGGAGCUGUUGGACAAUGAAAAGAAGCAGAUGAGCGCAGUGCAGGAAAUAGUCGGCGAGCUGGGGAAGGCUGGAAUCACAACGAAAGUGGUGACUCGCGAUCAGCUGCAGCAGCACCUUCCAGAGACGGAUCUCGUGAUCUCUGCCGGUGGAGACGGAACAUUCUUAACGGCCGCUUCGGCUGUCAACGAUCAGACUCCAAUUGUCGGAAUCAACACGGACCCGAUCGGAUCGGAAGGACAUCUCUGCGUUGGCGGCAAGAACCCUCCACGCAAUCUCAUCGAGCUCCUGGUAUCCGGAAAACUGAAAUGGGUGCAACGGUCUCGUAUCCGUGUGACUGUCAAAGAAUCAUCGAAGACUUCGAUUUUCUCGCUCACGAAAAGAGCGAAGAAAACGGCCAUCACGAAUCUCGCUUUAAAUGAAGUAUUCAUAGGAGAGGAUGAAGCUGCUAAGGUUUCCACCUACAAUAUCUCAAUUGACGAUUCGCCGACGGUGAAACAGAAGAGCAGCGGAUUGAUUGUGGCGACUGGAACUGGCAGUACGAGCUGGUAUCUCGGAGUGAAUCGCAUCGACGAAAAUGAUGCGACAUCGGUAAUCGAGGCGCUCCAGUCGUUGGGAAUCAAUGUGCCCACGAAUAGAAACCUCGUCUCAAAGGUCGUGAAUGCUGUCAACGAGAAGAUUCCCUUCGAGCCAGAUCAUCCAAGUGAGUAGUUCUCUAUUUAUUCCCUUUUUAAUUAUAUUGUUUCCAGGCUUCGCAUUCUCAAUUCGCGAACCAAUCUUCAACGCCACGUACAAACGCACCGCUACACGCGGAUUCGCCCGCAAGAUCAAGCUGGAAUCCCGGUGUACGAAUGGAUACCUCGUACUCGAUGGAUCCAACAAAAUCCCAUUUCCCCGAGGCGCCGUCGCCACAAUCGAGAUCAGCGCCAAUGAUGCCUUGAAAACGGUCAUUGUGUGA